AUGCCAUAGAUGGGUGUAGUGACUUGAAGCAAUGGCUAUUUGAACAUAAACAGUAGAGCAACAUUUAGAUAUAACAAUACUCACUGGCAUAUAUUCUUUAUCCUCUGCGAAGAACGACGCAUAUUGGGCUAACUGAGAGGCUACCCGCGGCUACUGCCCCCAGGUGGCCAAGGCACUCACACCAGAAGGAGCAGCACAAUGCCCAUUGAAUUAAAGCAAAAAAAAAAAAAAAAAAAAAAGUGGCACAAAACGUUGAAUUCUUUUUUUAAUAACAUAAAAUAUAGAGUGCUGUUUUUAUUGUUAAAAAAAAAACUGCAAAAAUGUUGGGAAGAAGCUGCAAUGGAUUAAUGGCCUUUUCAAUGGGGAAAGAUGAUUUGCCGUGUUCGGUGGUCACAGAACCCAUUCGACUCGUUUCUCAAGACACCACAUUCACAUGACGUUGUUGGUUUCAUAUUUAGCGUUUGGACUUACCCACCCAAAAUUCGACUUUUGAGAAUCCUUUUUUUUUUUUUUUUUUUCCUUUCUGCAACUUGUGCUGUUCGCUACCUGGGGUCGUACGUGCCGCGCAUGCGCAUCGAAAAAUACCUACUGGUUACUAGCCACAACGCAUCAGACGUGUGAUGACAUCAUCAAAGCCCUAGUGUAGAGGACGAUGGCGAGACGCGACCGCUCUUCAGCAAAACUCUGCAGUCUAAUUCACGGGGAGUCCCACUCAAAUUCCCAUCGUUAAUAAAAGACACGUUGAAAACAAAAACAAUAUUUGAACUCCAGUGAAAAGAGGGGAAUUGCGAGCCUUCCCCAAGAACUCCUCUCCCCUCGCGACCCCGGCAACGAGGCCUCUCCGUUGCCCGGUGGACGGCUAUGCUACCGCGCUAGUAAACUAGUAAACAAUGAGGUUACCCAGCCAGGUAAACCUAGAAAUCCCAUCGAAAAACAAUAUAUCGUUUGUGUGGUCGCGCUGACCCGUGUCGCUCGUCUGCCAGGUGCUUGCUAAGGCGACCCCCCGUCAACUUCCGGCCCCGGGUCGUCCAUUUUGAGGCCAGAAGAAGGGACAAACAUGUCCAAGAGGCUGAUCCAAAACCUCGCCAAGACCAUCUCCAAACAAGUGGACCGCUUCAAUCCGACGGAGGUCGAGUGUCUUAUUCGCGAGUUUUACUCCAUACUCGGACAGACGACGAGCUCCGGGAAGAGCAGCUUGGACGAGAGGAAGUUCCGAAGCAUCCUCAGCAACGACUUCGGCCUCACCAACAACACCAUCAUGGAAAGAGUUUUCAGGACGUUCGACAAGGACAACGACAGCUUCGUCAGCUCCAAGGAGUGGGUGGAGGGCCUGUGCGUGUUCCUUCGUGGCACCUUGGAUGAAAAAAUCAAAUUCUGCUUCCACGUGUACGACCUGACCGGCGACGACUACAUCUCCAGGGAGGAGAUGCUCCUCAUGGUGAGGAACUGCCUGCGACUGCACGGCGAGGAGGACCCUUACGACGGCAUCAAGGACCUGGUGGAGAUCACGCUCAAGAGGAUGGACCACGACAACGACGACAAACUGUCUUUUGACGACUACGAAAAGUCGGUGAAAGAGCUGGACAUAGUGCUGGAGGCUUUCGGGACGUGCCUCCCCAACGCCACGAAGAUUGAGAUGUUCGAGCAGCGUGUAUUCAAUGAUAAAUCGGAGCACAGAUGACGUCCACAAGUUGUAUUUUUUUCCCCUUUUAUUAUUUUUGCUUUCUAAUGUGGCCAUUUUUAAAAUGUUACUAUAAUAAAUAUCCAUGUGUGCUUUAUUUUGUCACUUCCAAAUUCACAUCAAUGCAAAUGUGAUUUGAAAAAGAAUACCAAAAAAAAGUUAGAUGUUAGUUUUUUUCCCCCUGUAAAAUUGUACACUAAAUAAAUUUGAUGCAUGUCGUUGAUGAGCUAUUUUUAGAACAGGCCUGGGGGCUCCUCAUGUGGUCCUUGGUGUUGGUGACCUCUGCUUUAAUACUUAAUUUAGAUGCCUCUGGUUGACAGCUGAGAUGAAUGUCAUAUGUAUUGUUAUUAAAUGAACUUUAAAAAAAAGGAGGCAUAAACCACAAAGUUUGCACAGUUUAAUAUUAUCCAAGGAAGUGACUUUUUGGAUUCACUUCAAAAUAAAAGCUUUCUUCAUCUAGAAAGAGGCAGUAAUGGACUAGUGGUCUUAUUUUGAAAAGCGAGUCACCUGCGCAUCCGAUUACUAGGAAAUCUAUGUUUUCUAAACAUUUAACUAAGCUUUUAAAAAAAACCGUGAGCUAUUGUUUCAUUCACAUUUGUUUCCUCGACUGAAAUUCACUCAAAAGUGGCAUAAAUUACACAGUUUGUACACGGGCAGGGAGCGACCGUUUUGCCUACUUUUCCGCCAUGUUUCCGGAAACCCUUUCCUAUUGGGUGCACUUCAAAAUUAAAAUCGACUCCCUUUC